UCACGACGACCAAUAGCGGAGGGUCGACUCGAGAAGAGGAGUGGCUGGCCGUUGAAACACUGACACUACGCACAGAGCGUCGCCUUGUGUCGCGAUGAGUUUUUCUUGGCGAUGGAAGACAUGGGGACGUUGCCGGCAGAGGGUCCAGAUGUAGACGGCUGCAGAGAAGACGGGCGAAUAGGGGACGACGAAUCUCAUACAAGCUUAACGUGCGCUUGCAGAAAAUGGAGUCGACCGGGACCCGUUUCCAAGGUUGAAGGAAAGAGGCUGAACAUGCCAGAAUCUGGAGAAAAUCCCGAGGUGGACAUAACGCAGGCCUCACUUCGAGCUCUUCGAAACAGAACCAGUCUCAAUGCUCACAAUUGGGCCCUUCUGCAGAAUUUUCACUUGUUUCGAUUCUUCGGUCUUCUCAUGGUUGGUCAGGGCUUGUUUCCUCGCCAAGGUAAAACAUCCUUGGCAUCCAAGCAGUCAGUCAAGUAUUGUCGAGGGCUCGGAUUCAUCGACUGUUUGGUCGAGGGUCCAAACACCGUUGAACGUUUAGAAAAGAAAAUUUUCAUGGUUGAUGGGAUGAUCACAAGCAGAAGAAACUUUGGUCUCCGGAAAUGAAGCUUAAAGUAGAUAGAGCCUCCUUGAUUCUGCAAGAUCUUCAGCAAAUUCGUGCUCACUGACUUCUACCUCUUCUAAAAUUGGAUUCCACCUAGACUUGAACAAGCCAG